AUGGAGGAGUUUAUGGAGGAGGCGCUCAAGCAGGCCAGAGAAGCCCUAGUGAGAGGAGAAGUACCCGUCGGAUGUCUGUUCAUUCGCAAUGGCGAGAUAGUAGCGACGGGUGGAAAUGAAGUUAAUGACACGAAAAAUGCUACGAGACACGCUGAAAUGAUUUGCAUUGAUAAAGUCCUGCAAAUGGCAGAGGAAAAAGGCGAAGAUUUCCGCUGUGUCUUCCGCGAAGUCUCAGUUGUGGUCACUGUGGAGCCUUGCAUUAUGUGUCUGGCCGCCCUGAGUGAGCUCCACGUGCGGGAGAUUCUCUUCGGCUGCGUGAACGAUCGCUUCGGUGGUCAGACCGUGCUGAACGUGGCCGCAACCCUUCCGGCUGACAAGCGGCCGUCGUGCGUCGGAGGCGUGCGUGCAGCCGAAGCGAUGGAUCUGCUGAAGACCUUCUACAGUGGCGAGAAUCCGUCAGCGCCAGAGCCGAAGGUGCGCAAGAAGAAGCAGUAAAUUCUUUA